AUGGACUUUAAGCUCUGCCUGGUCGCGCUACUCUUGGCCCUGGCCGUAGCGGUCGAGGCCGCCAAACUCCAUGAUGUUAGCUGGGGUCUGGCCCGCUACAGCCGCGACUCAUCCCUCGUCCAGGCCAACGUGGGCGACGUCAUUGGAGAGGACAACGAGAUGAUGCUAGACUCCGAAUCAAGCCGUCGCACACUGGCUGGACGAACCAGGUACAUCAGCUACGGUGCCCUAAAGAGGAAUCGCAUUCCAUGCCGCCGGCGUGGUGCGUCGUACUACAACUGCGGUCGACCCAACCAGCAGGCUAACACCUAUCGUCGAGGUUGCAGUGUCAUCACCAGAUGCGCUAGGUUUAACUAA